CAGCUACACCAGAAGUAAAGUUCAUCCUUCAGCCUUGAGUAUUUUUCCUUAAAGAGACAGUAACAUAGUGUAGCACUGACCACAAGCCACGAUGUGUAUAAAGGCCUCAGUUUCCUCCUUCCCUCUGCAUUCAGCGCGCGAUACAUGGACAUGAACAACACACAUCAGCAACUCAACACGGUUCCUUUAAAACUGAUGAUGACUUGUCUCCCAUCUCUGAUAGUUAUUCUACUCAUGAUGAAAGGUGUUGAUUGUAAUUGGAGGGUAACAUACACCCCCAAUAUCAUCUGCGCAUUAGAGGGAUCUUCAUUGAACCUGUCCUGUUCCUACACCUACCCCAGUCAUCUAAAAAUCCAGGAUGCUUUCUGGAUGAAUGAAGACUGUGAUUCUCCUACUGAUUUCUCCAAGGACCCAAACUACUCCCAGCGAGUCUGGGCCGACUGCCAGACUAAGUCCAGCACGUGUCACCUACACCUAAAGAACUUGACCAAGGUGGACGCACAUCACCUGUACUACUGCAGGAUCACCACCCAUGAUGACGAGAAGCAGAGAUGGACUGGGAAACCAGGUGUUAAUCUGUCCGUCACAGACCUGAAGGUGACUGGUCCUGAAAACCUAACAGAGGGGGCGCACGUGACUCUUAGCUGCACCACCACCUGCAGUCUGAGUGGCGACCCCUCGUUCGUCUGGGAGAAGAAUGGACGCGCUGUGGAGGGGAUCCCCCAGGGCGGCCGUGAGCUCCAUCUCAGCCCAGUCCGUGCUGAGGACCAGGGCAGCUACAGCUGUGCAGUUGGAGGCCACGAGGAUCUCCCAUCACCACCUCUCAGUGUCUCUGUCAUGUAUUCUCCUAAGAACACAUCUGCAUCAACCAACCGAUCUAGUUCAAUCAUCAAGGGUAGUUCAGUGACUCUGACCUGCAGCAGUGUUGCCAACCCACCAGUGGAGAGCUACACCUGGUUUAAGGUGAAUGAGUCCACUCCAGUAGGAUCAGGACAACAGUACAGCAUCACUAACAUCAGCUCUGAGGAUGAAGGACAGUACUACUGUAAGGCCAAGAACAGACUCGGGAUCGGGGCAUCUGCUGCUAUGACGAUCGGAAUUGAAGAGGACAUGAACAUCAUGAUGUAUGCUGUGAUUGGAGUUUCCACAAUCUGUGGCUUUGCUGGACUUUUCUGUGUGGUUUUCUGGAUGAGGAUCCACUGCACUGCUGAAGAAAUAAAUGAAGAAGACCUGAACGAUACAACGACCAACAAGUCGGACAAACAGGGUGAUGGCAUCUACUUAAAUUACCAAUGUGACGACAACAUGGGAAUGGACUCAGUCUACCAGAACUCUGAGUCCAACACUGCUGAGGAUAAUGUUGAUCAAAACAGGGCAAUCGAGUCAGUCUAUGAGAAUACUGAGUUCAAAACCAAUAAGGAUGCUGUUGAUCAAAACAGGGGAAUGGACAGAGUCUACGAGAACUGAGUCCAAAAAUAGAUCGUACUAUACAUAAUACAGCUUGCACAGUAUACAAAAGUAUAGAUGGCAACAUGGCAUAUGUUGUGUGCACACAGAUACAGUACACAGAUACAGUACACACACACACACCACACAAGCACGC